CCUACUCUGGUUUAUGAUGGCAGGAAGAGACGAGAAGAAGGCCAAGAAUCAUGAAGACGAAGAAGAGGCGAAGGAUAGACUGAGCGAUCUGCCGGAUUGCGUCCUCCUUCACAUCCUUUCGUUUCUACCAGAAACCAAGUGGUCAGUUCGAACCAGUGUCCUAUCCAAGAGAUGGAAAUGCUUGUGGGCUUCUCUUCCUGACCUCAUCUUUAACGGAUGGGGCUGCGACACUUCAUUUUUUAAGAAGUUUGUGCGUCGUGUCUUGUCUGGCCGCAACAAUUUACCUGUCUCCAAAUUCUUUUUCCAUUACCUUGGGGCAGAUAAGUCACUCGUCACUAGAAUAAUCAACUAUUCCGUGUCCCAUAAUGUGCAGCAUUUUAGCAUCGGCUUAAAGUUCACGUCCAUUAGAAUCCUAUUCCCUCUUUUCAGCCGCUGUCGAUCGUUGAAAACCCUGGAGUUAGAAUAUUUUAGGGAAUUAAUUCUACUAAGGGAUUUCAGUCUUCCCACCUUGACCACUUUGCACAUCUGUUCAUGCUCCUUUUGUUCUCAUGGAUCGACCCGUUCCAUCGAUCCUUUUCUUAGCCUUGUCAAUUUGAAGAGUUUACAACUAAAGGAUUGUAACAUGGCUGGCGUCACAAGUUUUAAAAUAUCAGGACCCCAACUCCAUAGCUUGGCCAUACGCCAGCACUGUUUAUGGAAUGGCUGUAAGGUUGAGAUAUUUGCCCCAAAACUCCAUUCAUUCCUUUUUAUAGAUACAAUGCCUGUGGAAUUCUCCAACCUUGACUUUCCUCUCUUGGAAAUUGCUGAAAUUGAUGCUUAUUUACCGGAUUCCGAGGAGCUAUUUGAAAAAUCCCAUUUGAAUUUAAUCAAUUUGUUUCGAGGGCUUUAUCAUGCCGAAUCUCUCCAUGUUUCUUCCAACACCAUUGAGGUUCUCAUGGAGUUGCCUGUUGUACUAGAAGCCCAAGCUUCUCCCUUUGGCAGGUUAAAGACUUUGAAUAUCGAAUGCUGUAUUAAAUCAUUCAUUAUACCUGAUAACGUGAUGAACUACUUUGUUAGUGGCUCUACUUUUGGUGAAAACGUUAGCAUUGAGAUUCAAGAGCUGUCUGAUUUUGAGGAUUGAUGGCUUGUAAUAUAUGCAAAGAUGUUUAGUGGCUUAUUUUGGUGGGUCUUGCUGUCCUUGUUGCGGGAGCCAAAGGCAGGAAUCGUGAAGUUUUAUAAGACACAGAACAAUGUUGGUCCUUUUAGUUAAAUAGCUGGUUUUAUUUGUCCUCUACAGUCCUUGUAGUAAUGAACUGGAUUAUAAUUAGCAUGUCUAAACAACAUGCUAUUAUGUUUUCAGCAUUUUCUGCAUUAGUAGUUUUUUUUUUUUUUUUUUAAUAUUCUGUGUUGGUUAUUUUGUGUAAAUGAGCACAUGCUAUUAAUUGAAAAGAUAUGUAAGUUGAAAGUUAAUUGUUUUUUAUGGGCUAAGACUAAAAAUAAUAGCAGGUGGAAGCCUUCAAAGAAGAUGUUGA